CGCAAAAGCCAUCCCAAAUCUGUUGAUCACCAGCACACUAAUCAUCGGUUAUUGUACAAAAUGGCCAAGAAAAGCAAGUCACGUACCAUCACCGUCCGCCUCAUCUCGAUGGCCAUGACGGGUUUCUACCGCACAAUGGUCCGGCCGCGCGCGCACCGCCCGCUCAGCAUGCUCAAGUACGACCCCGUCGUCAAGAAGCAGGUGCUCUUCCUCGAGGCGACCAAGGGUGGUCGGAAUCGAUAAAUUUCGGGGGCCCGGGCGCUCGCGAGCGUCUCUUUUCCCGCGCGGUCUUGGUCUGAGUGAGUGAUUCGCGCAUUGCUUCGAUGACGGUGGCUGGGGUGGUCUUUUUCGGGAAGCGUCUUUCGAGCUAUAUAUAUACCUCGCAAGCUGGGCAAAAUGCAUGUAUCGGUGCCAUUCUCGCUCUUCGUUCGGAUUGAGCAAUCUACGGGGAAACCAUAAUUAUCGUCCCCAAAUUCGAUGCAGUCAUCGUCGCAAACUCCUCCGAUGUCGAAGAUAUGAUCAUAUGUAUAUUACACAGCGCAACGGCUACGUUGGAUCCCGGGGGAUACACUCAGAAUUCUCUCUGCAUUCUUCGCAGCUGCCUGCUUUUCUUGGUGUUGCAUUCUGGCGUUUUAAAGCAGUACAAUCUGGGUCAUCAAUGUUCAAUAUAUCGCAAAUUCCUGUCAAUGCAAUCUCCACUGCAAGGAAACAAUCUCCAC